AUGUCCGAUGUCGAAUAUCUGAAAGACACAAGAAUAAAAGAAGCAUUCGAAAUGCAAGACCUCAACACCCGCCUCUCUGAAUACAUGGACGUAUCACGCGAGAAAUAUUCAACGACCAGUCAGUUAAUAGAAGAAUUGGAGACGUUAAAGAACUCUAUUCGAAGAGAAACCACGUCGAUAAGAGAAAUGUACGACGCGGAGAUAGGUCAGCUGAGAGACAUCCUGGACAACACAGAACGAGAGAAAAAUGAAUAUAAAUCGAGAAUGGCACAGAAUGAAACUGAAUGUGAUGAAUUGCGAAAUAGGUACCCAACAUUCAUUUAUCAGAAUUGGCAAACUCGAGAUUUUGGAGGAAAAAAAUGUUGCGCAAAGUCUCAAGUUAGACGACCUCAUCCAAUCGACUGUUCAAAAGAUAGAAAACGCAGAAAAGAAACUCAGUUUGUAGGCAAAUGUUUCUCAAGAAAGCAGGAAUUGAAAGAUCUGCGAGCUCUCGCAAAUGACGACCAAUUCGCGCAAUCCAAAGAAUGGUGGAACGUGGAAUUCUCGAACUGUAUUAAGGAAAUUCAAUCUGAGUACGAAAAUAGACUCGAAAGCAUUCGUCUUGAAAUGGAGUGUUUGUAUGACUGCAAGGUUGGGAAUAACUUGCACACCAGGUCGAUGAGAUGCAGUCCGCUUGCCUCCAAAGUUCCAACAUAUCUCCCGGAAUGAUAGGACAGCUUGAUGGUAUAAACGACACAAAUAUGGAAGUUAAAAAUCAGACUUCCGAAUUG